AUGGUUGGAGGAGUCGGUGAAGCAAAAUCAUGCAACCGAUUGAAGCACAUUGGAGUUGGUGUUGGAGUUGGUGAUGGGAUUGAUGUUGGUGAAUUGGCCAUGUUGGCUGGAGUUGCAUUUUCCCGUGGGUGGUGUUCAUCCGCCAGAGACAGCGUCCCUUUUUUCACCCCACUUGGAGGCGCUUGGGUGCACUUGGAUGGGAUGGAGGCGCACCAGACUGCAGAAGUACACAGCGCAGCCAAUAGCAUCGCCCCAAACAAUUCUCAGGGGACAUCAAACAAUGGUCCGUGUUUCGUUUUACUGUCACAUCCGACGCAACGAUUGGAUCUGGCGCCUGAGCACGUCCGUAUUCGGGGCCCCGAAACCGAAACGACGGUCCGAAACGACGAUCCAAACAGUGUUUUUCAGGCCAUGAGAUCAGGCGAGGCCAGGCGAGGCGAGGCGAGGCGAGGCGAGGGUAGAGUGCCAAAGUCCCAACAAGGGAAAUGCCGGCCCCUUGAUCUGCCCAUCUGCCCAUCUACCCGUCUGCCCGUCUGCUCAUCGUCUUCUCUCCAGAACGAGGGAUCCAUCCAGCCCCCCGUCGUCAAUGAAAAUCGGCCGGCGUCGGAAAUGGCUGGGGGUCAAAACUGGGGCAGAACUGGAACAGCACUGGGGGCCAUCGCUCGCCGAUCACCACCUUCAGCCGCUGCGGUGCCCUGAGCCCGAGCUGAUCUCAGCCCGUUGGGCGACAUGCGAUGGGGGCAUGCUUCGUGUGACGUCAAGUGCCAAGUCACCCCCUGGCCGAUCCGCGACUGUUUGCGGAGGCGCUGCGGAGGCUUGCGAAGGGGCCCGCGAGUCCGCGACUCCCAGCUAGCCACGACUCGAUGCCUCCUGCCUCGCACCGUCAGCGGGCGAGUUUCAGAUCGUUCCUGCCCGCCGGCCCAUUUGGCUAUAUUUGCAGGCCCGGCCCUGUAUGAGGCCCCGGAUGCGGCCCUGACACUCAUCGUGACACACUUUAAUCCUUCUUUUUGCGUCUCUGCUCCCUUUGCGGCUUUGCCUUGUCACGUCACCAGGUGCCUUCAGCAGCCCCAUAUCUAUCGCUCGUCCUGUCUCGGGAUAGUUAUCCUGUCAUUCUUUUCUAGCCCGUUUCCGGUCCCUUGACCGUGUUUAUCCCGUCCAUCCCCCCUCUGUUUCC